AUGGAUCUCGAACAGUCUCAAGAAUCAGAAUCCCCCGAUAAUGCAAACUUUUGCAAAGGGUGCUCGGUUGUUGUGUUCGAUGACAGCGCCGAUGAGUUUUACGAAGACACGAACUGGAACAAUGAGCCAACCCUGCGACAUUCGCGAGAGGGAGACAAGAUCUUUUACUUGGAACCCGUGCGCUACUGGAAAGAUACACUGCCAGACUUGCCCCGAAUGGCUGAAUCCUCCAGGGCUGGGUGCCGGAUGUGUGGUUUCAUUCGGGAAGCGCUUGUCCAGCGAGACAUAAGCUACGAGGGUCAGAUUUAUGUCCGCGGGGGAUACCUCUAUGGCGAAAAAGUAGAUCUCAGAGAAGUUUCCGACAUGGAUACCAGCUUGGCUUUCUGGAGGUGCGAGGUUUAUGCAGUUGAGAGAGGGACCGUGGUUGCAGUUCUCAAUUUUGACAUUGAGACUAGCAACGAUGACUUGCUCCAAUGGCUGAGGUUGGACAUGAAGCGCGCCCCAGAGCCUUUGGACCCGGAAAAUAUUGAAUGGCUCAAGUCAGAGCUCCGGAGCUGCGAGGAUCAAUGCAGUCACCCAAAACCAGCAUCGCCGUUCUUACCUACCAGGCUGAUUGAUAUCGGUCAGAGCGAGGAGGAUGUUCCUCGACUCGUCGUCAUUGAAGACAUGCUCAACUCACACAUAGGAACUAUUAAUGAUGUGGAGUAUGCGGCACUGAGCUACUGCUGGGGAACCGAAGAAGACGCUCUACAGCAGGUCAAAACCACAAAAGACAUAAUGUCAACCUAUUGCCAAGGGAUGCCGCUUAGCUCCUUGAGCCCUGUCGUGCGGGACACUGUUAAAGUCUGCAGGGCCUUCGAUAUUCGAUACCUCUGGGUUGACGCUCUUUGUAUUAUUCAAGGAGAUAAGGCAGAUUGGUAUCGCGAGAGUCAGAUGAUGGGGCAGGUCUAUUACUCUUGCUCUAUGGCUAUCUGCCCCAUUUCUUCGCGGUCUUGUCUCGAAGGCUUUCUUGGAGCACGGUCCCAAGGUCUCCACGUCAAUUUCCAAUCAUCGCGCCACAAGCAUAUCAGGGGCACCUACACCAUCGUUCUCUCCUCUACCGACGUUGACGAAAAAAGAAUGCGUAGAAGUCAUCCAAACCCAUCACUGCAUGUGGACCUCGCCCGCUCCCAAUGGAAUCAGAGGGGCUGGACUUUCCAAGAGCGGAUGCUUUCGCCUCGCUUGAUCAUUUUCGGGUCUUCCAUGAGCCAUUUUGUCUGCGAAAAGAGAACAAAAUGUGAGACCGGGUAUUCAACCUCUUUCACAAUGUGGGGCAAGCUGCGAUCCACACUAGACGAAGCCUUCGGAGCGGGGUUUGACGGGAUGGAAUGCUCGGCAAAAAGCAUGCACGAGAUGUACUCCCAGUGGACCUCUGUGAAAACCGUCCAUUCCAAGAUUUGGACAUAUCGUGAGGACAUCUUUGCCGGGAUUUCUGGUCUCGCCCAGGGAUUCGCAGCGAUUACCGGCGACACAUAUCUUGCAGGCUUAUGGAAAAAUGAUUUACAUCAUCAGCUGCUUUGGUAUAUUUUCAGGCCGUUGUCCGACGAUCUGGCCUCACUAGUGAACAGCAUGCACCACGCAGACCCGUACAUCGCGCCCUCAUGGAGCUGGGCAUCGCGGCAGGAAUACCUCGAGGAUUUCCCUAGCAGGAACUUUGCAAUGUUAAGUACGACUGAAACGGCGGCUUCUGCCGCGCGAAAAAAAGGAAAAUCGUUCUCUAAAGUCGUCACGAAACCCAGCCAUGUCCGCCCCGAAUUUUCCCUGAUAGACUACCGCAUGGACGUUCAAGGCAGCAACCCUUUUGGCCCUCUCAGCGGUGGCUUCCUUCAGUUUCAGGGCAGGAUGUGCCGGUUUCCUUCAGAUGUCAAAAGAGAGGCCUUGCACAUUCGCAGUGACCGUCGUUCAUCUUACGGGAAGUUUUCAGGCGGGAUCGGGGUUUGCAUGCUCGACUGGGGCGUCGACGAGGCGUCAGUGCAGAGGCCGGAGACCAUGCGAUUAUUUCUGGUAUCAAGCUGUUGCUCGGCAACGUCAAAUUGGAGGAACUUGAAGUACCUCGCGGACUGCGACGAUGUAGACUUUGACGACUGGAUGCCGAGUGAUGCAGAGGUAGGCGGCACUUCGUUUCCCAACGGCUAUGAGAGCAUCGAGACGUGCCGAUACUGCGCGGAUCCGACGCACAAGCGGAAUGGCUGGGGUCUUGUUAUCCAUCCCACGGAAGAAUCUGGAUCGUAUGUGCGAGUCGGGAUGUUUGUCUUUUUUGCACACAAAGGGGGCAUGGAUCUCUUGGAGAAGGAGGCAGAGAAGAUUAUACUCGUGUAG